CGAAUAUGUACCUCGGAGCAAUUUUUUGCGUUUUUUUCCGAUAACCCGAUUCACAACCUCAACGGCGGCUCAAAACCCUUUUGUUAUUUCCCGAUCCAAAUUCCAACCUUUAUCUCUAUCGAGUAUCGACCAUUUGCCGCUGACAAGUGUCCACAUACGAGGAGACGCCGGCGAUUUCCUCUUCCUCUUUGGUCUGAUACCAGCAGCGACCGGCGAGGCGGCGACCGAUCAUUAAGCAGCGGCAUACCAGAUUACCACUUUUACCAAGUCAUGGUUAGAAAGAAGGAUCCACUUUGGGUACAUGCUACCGAUAUGAAUGGUAAAUUUGAAUGCAAACCUCUAAAAGGCUUAGAGUUGAAUCUAGCACAACAAACUUUAAAGUGGGUGGUUCUACGAUGUCUUCGAUCUCAUCCUUCAUUAUAUCAGACUACCAUGCCUGAAAUGGUUAAAAAAAUGGACAAGAGUAAUGUAGAUACUUGCUUGCCACGUUUUUUAUUCAAAAUAAUAUUGCAUUCAAUGUUGUGCAACAAAAGUCAUUCAUCAAUCUUGUUAAAGGAAUUGUAGAUUAUGGACCAGCCUAUAAAUUGUCAAGCUAUUCAACUUUAAGGACCAAACUUAUUCCAAGAGCAAAAAAAAGUUGAUGAAUAUGUUGAUGAAGUAAAGAAAUCAUGGGAGGUUUCGAGUUGUUCCAUAAUGUCUGAUACUUGGACUGAUCUUAAAGGAAGAUGCUUUAUUAAUUUUAUUGCAUCGUGCCCUAAAGGUUCAGUUUUUCUAAAAUCGGUUGAGAUUUCUGAAGAUAAGAAAACUGGACUAUUUUUAAGUCAUUUGUCUUCUAAAGCCAAUGAUAUGAAUGAAUUGCGAUUGUUUGUGGCAUCUCCAGAAUGGAGAGCUUUGUCUUGUUCUAAGUCACGAGAGGCUAUUUGUGUGACUGGACUCAUCCAAAAUGAUGUCUUGUGGUCUCAAGCAAAAGAAUUGAUACAAGCAUUAGAACCACUAUUUCGUAUUCUUCGCUUAGUUGAUGGUGAAAGUUCUACUUCUAGAUAUUUAUACCAAGACAUGGAGUUGGCCAAGGAUGAGCUCAAGAAAAGGGUUGAAAAAAGUAGAGGCAAAUAUGAGAAAAUAUUGACAUUAUUUGAUGCGAGAAGGAAAGAGAAUAUCAUUGAUCCUAUUCAUGCAUUUAUCGCUGCUCUCGACCCAUUUUUCUUUAGUAACACGAACUUUAAGCAAACUGUGGAGAUGAAAACAUGCAUGUUUCCUUUGCUUGAAAAAGUUAUACAGCCUGUUGACAGGAAGGAGUAAGGAGUUGAUAAUGCAAUAUCGAGAUUAUACUAUGAAGCCUUCCUCUCUAUUCAAUGAUGACAGAUACAAUAUGAUGACGACAUAUCAUCCUCGUAUUUGGUGGGAAUUUUGUGGUGACUCUCAACAAGUACUACAAAAAUACGCCAUUCGUCUUUUGAGUCAGCCUUGUAGUUCAUCUGCAUGUGAGCGUAAUUGGAGUGCCUUUGAAGUUGCUCAAACAAAGAAAAGGAAUCUACUCACUCUAGGCAUGCUAGGUCUUCUUGUGUACUGUAGGAUGAACACACUCAUGAUGCAAGAUGCUGAGAAAAAGAUGAUUAAAGAUUCCAAUCUAAUUGAUUUGAGCAAGUUGAGAGAAUGACCUGAUAAUGGAGAGGUAGAGUCAUACUCUCAUAUUCUUAAUGGUAAUAAAAAAUGAGGCUUGUGAGAAUUCAAUGGAAGAUCCUAACAUUGACAAUGGUAUGGAUGAUGCUGGACUUGUAAAUUUUUGUGAGACUUAUGUCAAUGG